AUGGUGAAUCUGAAGGAAGGCGUGCACAUCAUCUAUGAUAUAUUUCUAUUCAUCGGUAUAAUGAUAAUUCACAUUACUGAGACCGUGAUAUUAACACUAAUUCCUCUCAAAUAUCGAGCAAAAUCUAUUAAGGAUGAAAUUGCUCUCGUUACUGGUGGUGCGAGCGGAGUUGGCAAAUUAAUCGCGAUUAAGCUUGCCAAACUUGGUGCACAUGUAAUUAUCUGGGACAUCAACAAAAAUGGUCUUACGGAAAUUGCGGAGGAAAUAAGGAUAGCUGGUGGAAAAUGUUACACAUAUUAUUGCGACAUUGCUGACAAAAAAGAAGUAUAUCGCAUUGCGAAAGUAGUACAAAUCGAAGUCGGAAAUGUUCCUCGUAGGAUUCCGAUUCAAAUGAGGGGAGAAGUCGAUAAAAUUUUGGAGGAUAUGAGUUCACGUGGAGUGAUUGAGGAGUCAAAUAGUCCAUGGGUUUCUCCUGCUGUCAUGGUUAAAAAGAAGGACGGUUCUAUAAGGUUCUGUGUUGAUUAUAGAAAAUUAAACGAGGUGACUAUUAAGGAUUCUUAUCCCCUUCCCCGAAUUGAUGACAUUCUUGACCAGCUAACAG